CGGCAGGCACGGGUGGCGCAGUCGCACUGGCGUGCCCGAGCUAAGCCUGAGAAACCGGCUUGCCCGGCUCGCCCUGCGUGGACGAGGGUGGGAAGCAGGUCUUGCCCCACAACCCGGUGUUUAGGGCUCUCAAGAUGAUGGUGGCGAAGUCGGAGGUCCGCAGGGACGCCGCUACAUACUUUCGUGCAGCCAGACCCUGGCCCUCGUUGAUCACAGCCCUGGGGCUGGGCUACUUCGCGUGGGUUGUCUUCUGGCCUCAGAGUGUCCCUUAUCAGAGCCUCGGACCCCUGGGUCCCUUUACAAAGUACUUGGUGGACCACCAUCACACCCUCCUAAGGAAUGGGUAUUGGCUUGCUUGUCUGAUUCAUGUGGGAGAGUCCAUAUAUGCUAUGGUAUUGUGCAAUACUCAGCUCCAGCCCUACUUCAUCAGUGGUAACCCUCCAGGGACGCAGACGGAAACUACAAACCCAUCUCACUGUGCUCCAUGCGUAACUUUCUCCAUGUGAAACCUGUUGAGCCCGUUUAGUGCGCUCGGCCAUAGAAGAGCCCAAGACUGCUCCUAUCAGCAGCACCCCUCUGUGUGGGUCCUCCCUGGGAAACCUGGUUCCCCUCACACAUUCCUGCUCAGUCAUCUGUCCAGCUCUGGACAAAAUGGCUCCUAUCAGCAGCACCCCUCUGUGUGGGUCCUCCCUGGGAAACCUGGUUCCCCUCACACAUUCCUGCUCAGUCAUCUGUCCAGCUCUGGCUUAGUCUCAUCAUCACUCCAUUCUGGUGAGACUCACCUAGGGCUUAUCCAGCCUGCUACUUCCGCUUCCCUAUUCACUGUGUAUGCCUGAUUAGUGCUAACUGUGUGUAGCUGACUAGUGCUAACUACGCAUAGCUGAACAGUGCUAACUGGUUGGGAAGAAUCACUAACUAUUCUGUCCUGUCAACUCUAGGAGCCUUUACAGCUCUUUCUCCACAAGACCCAACUAUUCUCAGAGCAAUUCCUCCUUUCCCUUCAGUAACUUGGUGACGCAAUUUGCUUACAUUGACAAACAUUUACAAGAAACACCUCAGGCCAGGAAAGCCCCCAAGUGAAGACUCACCCUGAAAGGUUGUAGACUCUUGCAAAUGCAUCUCAGCCUUAUGUUUUGGAAUCAAGUAUUGCAUUUAGGUAAAAGAUUUGUAACCAAGUUGGUUUGGGUUGCACACUGCUGUUAACACUUCAUUUUGCUAUCUUUUCCUGAAGAGCACUUUUCCAGAACACUAGUCAGGCUCUGGGAAUUAAUUUGAUUUCUAAAGUUUUGUGUUCAACUCUGUGCCUCCACGAAGAAAGGAAUCCACUCUCAGCAGAGCAGGGCUUGGUGUGUCCAUGGCAGCUACAUCUCAGCAUCAGGAGACAGGAUCCGAUCUGGUGGAUAGAGUCUAUACAAAGCUUCCUGCACACACACCCCGCUCCCCCAUCCUGGGGUCAGGGAUUUGAUAGGGUCUUUCUCUGUAACUACAGUUGGCCUGGUAUUCAUUAUGUAGCCCAAACUCGAUUUGAACUCACAACAGUCUUCCUACCUCAUCCUCCAGAGUGCCAGGCCUACUGGCAUGCACCACCAUAUCCAGCUAUAUGUCUCAAGGAAACCCAUUAUCCCUGAAGAAACUAAGUGAAUUCCUACCAAGAUGAAACCCACAGAAACAGGAACCAUAGUGCUUUUUGUAAUGGUCUGUCCUGUCCCUUUAGGAGACAAGCAUGCCCACUCCUUCCCACCUUACCCCAGGCAAGCAAUCUUCUUUUCUGCUUGUCUCUUAAAGGGACAGGACAGACCAUUACACCUUUAAUUAAAGGUAGUGCCACACCUUGAAUCUCAGCAAUUGGGAUCUCAACACUUGCAGGUGGAUCUAUGUGAGUUCCAGGACAACUAGAACUAUGUGAUAGACCCUAUCUCAAAAAAAAAAAAAAAAAAACAAAAACAAAAACAAGCAAGAAGAAACAGUAGGAGCAAGAGAAUGCAUAGGUUUCCAAAACUAAGGCAGGGCAAUUCGAAUUCCUCUCCACCUCCCUACACGGAUGAUUUCUAGAACUGGAGGCAGAAUGCUAGUAACCAGUGUAGACUGACACAUGGAAAACCCAAGCUGAGAACUUUACAAAGUACUUUCCAGUCACCUCCCUCAAGUUGCUGUAGGACAUAAUAGUUGUCAGGGCGGCCCUUUUAGUAGUAGCAAUAGCAUCUAACAGGAUGCUAUUCACAGAUCCAUCUAAAAUGCUUCUGCUGCCAACGCAAGAACCCUGCGUCAGUCACCAUGCUGACUCACUACACACCAUUUUGGAAGCACACUGCGCUCAGCCAGCAUCGCUACAAACAGCCACGGCCUCUGCGGUCUUUAGACUUGCAUCUGAGUCCUUUUUUGUGUCUUCUGAAUGUGCUAUUGUUGUUCAGAGGGUUUUAAGUUUGCUUAGUAAUUGGCAAUUGCCUUUUAGGUUUACUCUUCCCUGGACUUCUUUUCUCCAUAGUGCAUCCUUGAUAUACAUGAUGCUGAUGAUGCCUCAAAGGCAAAACUAUACCAUGAGUGUGCUUGGAGAAGUCUAGCUUCCCUCCUGCCCAUCUCAGUUUAUUCCCACCCUCCUGCUUAGUUAAGGGGUAAGUUAAAAUGUGCAGAGCAGACAAUCCCCAAUGUAAUGGAAAAGACAAAAAGAAAUGUCACCUUUUAUGGACAAAAAUGGACAGAAACUCUGUCAUAAAAUACCCCACGAGGUGUUAUAGGUAACCAUCCCUAGAAUUAAGGAAAAGGGUACAGAUAGAACGAAAGAGUCAUGGAUGUGAAAGCAACCUGGUUUUGACAUCUGCUCCCCCAUUGGUUGUCAGGAUUUAGUCAGCUGAUCUGGCUGGCUAGGAGAGUGCCACCUUCCUUGUAGCUCCGUGUGUGUUCCUCUCUAAGCUGUACUCUUGGUGGAGACCUUUCUGAAAUAGAGGAGGAUCAGUGUGGUGGUUUGAACGAGAAUGGCUACCAUAGGCUCAUACAUUUGUUGGUAUUUUUAUUGUUUUUAUUGACCUAUACAUUUUCUCCACUCCUCCCUUCCUCCCCUCUCCAUUUCUACCCUCUCUCAUGACCCUCAUGCUCCCAAUUUACUCAGGAGAUUUUGUCUUUUUCACCUUCAUAUGUAGAUUUGUAUAGGUCUCUCUUAGAGUCUUCUUUAUUAUCUAGUUUCUCUGGGGUUGUGGCCUGUAGGCUGGUUUUUCAUUGCUUUAUGUCUAAAAGCCACUUAUGA